AGCUUGCAGCUCGUUGGUCUCCACGUGUGUCUUUAAAAUGGUGCACUCCGACCACGAGUCAGUGGAGACGGUUAAAGAGAAACGGAAGAAGAAAAAGAAAACGUCUGCAGAGGAUGAGCAGCAGAGCGUAGAGGACGAGAGAGAAGACAGUGGAAAGAAGGGUAAAAAGAAAAGCGCCAAAGUCUUCGAAUUCGAAGAGGCAGCGGUUGGUGUGGACAAAGACGCGAAAAAAGAGAAAACGAAGGAGGUGGAGGAGGUCAAACGUGUUCCAGGCGAAGCUGAAGGAGGAGACGUGAGGAAAAAGAAAAAGAAGAAAACAAAACAAGAGGAUUCGGAAUCCGUAACUGAGCUCAGUGUGCAUAAUGAGGAAGAGCAAGAGAAAGACAAAGUUAAAAGAAAACCAAAGAAGAAGAAGAACAGAGUGGGCGCUGACGAAGACGUUGCUAACGACACUCAGGAGGCGAAAGGAGGAGAAACUGAAGAGAAGGAAGAGGUAAAAUGUCUAGAGGGGGAAAAGAAGAGAAAGAAAAAGAGAGAGACGCAGGAAGAGGAUGAAGGAGUGGAUACAAGUCCCGGUGGAGACAGUGAAGAAAUGAAGAAUGUCAAAUCACCUGAGAAUGUGGAAAAAAAGAAGAAGAAGAAGAAAAAGAGGAAGAAUUGUGAUACUCUGGAAGAAGUGACCUCAAACGACACGACAGAGACGGGGAGAGAGAACACUGUAGAAGAAAAUGAGAAUGGAGUGAUGGAGACUAAAAAGAAGAAAAAGAAAAAAGAAAAGAUGUCAGAGGCAGAAAAUGGAGUGAAGGCAGUGGAAGAAGAAGACAGAGAGGAAACGGAUGAAGUGAUCAAAAAGAAGAAGGAGAAAAAGAACAAGAAGAAGAAGAAGAAGAAUUUAAGCGAAGCGAACGCAGCCCUGGAACAGGAGCGACCCGCGCCAGAGGAACCGCGGAACGAUAAAACGACAAAAAAGAAAGAAGCAAAGACUUCAAGCGUAAAAACAGAGCUUAGUGCAGACACGGAGCUAAACGGAGAGAUUAAGGAAGCGGAAGAGAGCGAAACUAAGGGAAUAAAAGAGAGAAAGACAAAGAAAAGGAGAAAGCUUGUCUGUGAAGACAACGACAAGGAGGAGAAGAAAGACGCAGAGUCGGAAACAAACAGCAAAAACGUCGCUGGGCAGAUAAAAGAGGAGAAAGUCAAAAAAGAGGAGAGAGUCAAAAAAGAGGCAGACGGACCGAUCAAGAAAAAAAGAAGAAAAGGGUGUAUCAAGGAGGAACCAGGUGAUCCAGCGGACAGAUCAGGGGAUCAGGAGUCUGAGGUAUUGUUCCUGCAUGAGAAACGAGGGAGUCAGGACGAAGAGACCAUUGAUCAGGAACGCAGAUCUGCUCUGCAGAAGGAUAUUGACCAAAAAUCUCAACCCCAAAAGGAUCUCGGCCAAUGGGGCACUGCAGAAUUUGACAGUUCAGACAGACAGCAGAAGUUUCUGCGCCUGCUGGGCGGAUUCAAAAAGGGCAACCAGCCAAUCGGAUCAAGCGUUGGGCGGGCCAGCAUGGCACUGGGAAAGGAUGAGCAACGGAACUUACAGAACAACCUGCUGGGACAGUUUGAGCGCGCUCAGAGUCGGCGCAUGGACUUUCAGAACAAAGGGGCGGGACUAGGGUUCAGCGCACCGUCCAAUAAGAAGUUUGCGAUCGAUGCCAACGCUCGUAAUUCGAUCCGAUUUGAUGACUGACAGGCCAGGGGUUAAUCAUAGAGACAGUGAAAGACAGAGAGCUUCCUGUGAUAUGGAUAGAUAGUAUAACUCUGCUCCAAUGGUUACAGGGCUCAAAAACAGCCUUAUCUGUCUUAGGUCCAACAAAAGAAGGAAACUGGUUUGAUGGAUGUGUGAAUUCAGAAUGAAAUGCCACAGAAAGAAGAUUUUUUCAGGGUUUUAUCAAACUGCUUGAUAUAAAUGAGGAUUCACAAUGUGUUUGCUCACAUUCUAAGUGUAUUGAAAUGGCAAUAAUGUGUGAAACUAAGCACUACCAAAACCAUGCAGGAGGGGUUGCCUAGGAGACGAGACCCACCCAGUCCAAUCAAAUCAGACAGGAGUACCCGGGAGGGGGGGGGGGCGGGGAGGGCCAAACCACACCAGGCUGUGUGCUAGUCAGGGAACUGGGGUGAAUGUGCAGAGUGUAUUUUGGGUCGGAUCAAACCUCCAGAUUACAUACAUCAUUGGAGGAGCCGCUGCGUGUUGUGGGCGGGGUCCGAAGGGAUCGGUUGGAUCCUGCCGUUUCUAUGGUAACGAGACAUUAACGUGUAGUGUACCCAUGAGUUGUAUUGUGUACCCUCUGUCAUCUAUAUAUAUAUGUUGCUGUUUUAAGGCAGCACAGAACUGAGGAAUUAACUGGCAUUUGUCAUAAUUUAUACGUGAGAAAUGUGCCCCCUUUUC